AUGGUUGAUUGGAACUAUGAUUGGCCUUUGGUAUCUACGUUGGUAGAGAGAUGGCAGUCAGAGUCUCAUCAUAUCUUUCACAUGUCAUGUGGGAAGAUGAUGAUGAUUAUUCUAAACGACGUGGCAUAUCAAAUGGGUCUGAAUAUUGAUGAAGACCCAAUUAGUGGAUGCAUUGAUCUUAGGGGCAUGCUAUUUCCAGAUGCAUCUGACUCCCGCCUGCACAUGAGGUGGUUACCUCUGUUGGAGGACCUGGACUGCUAUGGCCAAUUGUCCUGGGAUUCAGCCAAUCUUGCGCAAUUGUACCACCAGAGAUGUCGUGCUACAGACUAUAGGCAACCAAAUUUGGGCAGAUGCAAAUGGUUGCUUCAAUCAUGGGCAUAUAUAUCAUCGCAUCCCGAGCUGCCGGCCUUCUGA